AUGACUAAAGUCCCAACAAUGCCUUUUCAAAUCUAGUCCCUGAGACGUACAGAUGGUGUGAUCACAGAGAGAGAGUCAAGAGCUCUUUACUGAAACUGAACCUCUCACCCUUACAGCAGAGGUUUUCCGUCAGAGGGGGUGUUCUGGGGGCCGUUUUUUUUUUUUUUUUUUUAACUGGAGAGAGGGUGAUGCUGUUCUCUGUUCACUGGGAAUGUAUUGACUGAGGAUCCAACUCUCAGCCUUCCAGCUGGACCCUGCUGCUGCUGCUGCUCUGCUUACUGCUGUGUGGAGUUUAAACCAGGAUACAAAACACACACCUGACGGCUGAGCUCUCCGUGGUUGCUGUUACAUUGACCAGUCUUCUAAUAAACCAUGAGGGUCUUCCUCCUGCUUUGCCUGCUGGCGUUAGGCAACGCCAAACCCUACGAGCCGAUCAACGUCAUGGACUUCAUGAAAAACUAUGACAUCAUGAUGGCUGAUUCAGACGACGAUGACGAUGAUGACGACGAUGACAAUUUGGAUGAUGAAGAUGAGAACUGUCCAGCUGGUUGCCAUUGCUCACCCGGAGUGGUGCAGUGCUCUGACCAGGGUCUGAUAUCUGUUCCUGAGAAGAUCCCUGAAGACACUGUGAUGAUGGACCUCCAAAACAAUGAUAUCACUGAGAUCAAGGAGGACGACUUUAAAGGCCUCCACAGGCUUUAUGGCCUGUUUCUGAUCAACAAUAAGAUCUCCAAGAUUCACCCCAAGGCCUUCAGAAACAUGGACCAUCUCAGACUGCUGUAUCUCUCCUACAACCUGCUGACUGAGAUCCCUGCAAACCUGCCUCCCAACGUCAUCGAGCUCCGUUUCCAUGAAAACAAGAUCAACAGAAUCCAGGAAAAUGCGUUUAAAGGCCUGAGGAAACUCCAUGUGCUGGAGCUGGGUGCCAACCCUCUGACCAACACUGGGAUUGAUCUGGGAGCUUUUAAUGGCUUGUCAACUCUGUAUAUCGGAAUAGCAGAGGCCAAACUAACUGCUGUGCCAAAAGCCCUCCCAUCCUCCAUCACAGACCUGAGCCUGGACUACAACAAGAUCACUAAGGUGGAAAUAGAGGACUUCAAGAGAUAUAAAAACCUGCAGAGGCUAGGACUAGCAUUUAACCAGAUCAAGUUUGUAGAAAAUGGCAGCUUUGUCAGCACCCCAAACAUCCGUGAGAUCCACCUGGACAACAACCGCAUGAAAAAAGUUCCACCGGGCCUCAGCUCCCUGCGCUACCUCCAGGUGAUUUUCCUCCAUGGGAACAAAAUCAGCAGCGUGGGAGUGAACGACUUCUGUCCAAUCAGGUCAAGCGUCAAGAAGAACUUGUACACAGGCAUCAGUCUGUUCGCCAACCCUGUUAAAUACUGGGACAUCCAGCCGGCCACCUUCCGCUGUGUGACCGGGCGGAGGGGCGUUCAGCUUGGAAACUUCAGAAAGUAGUAGGGAGUGAGAACAAGGUGUUCCAGACAGCUCAGAAAUGGAAAACUGCCAACAUCCUUGUUUAAGUAUAAGGAAGGAGCUGAAAAUAAUUCUGAUAGAUUGGAAAAAAAAAAGCCAAACUGUAAGACUUAAGUGUUAGCUGUUCAGGAAAUGAGAGAAAACUUCAUUAUACUGACGUAUCCUAGAACCUGUAGUACAUGUUGUUGUAGCUCUCAGUUCUCAGCCAGGGGGAGAAAAACCAAAUCAAAACUCUAGACUGUGUUGGUGUUAGUUGGCGUCAACACGAACGGCUGUAUAGUCACACAAGAGCCCUGCCUAUCUAAAAGGUGAUCCGCACCUUUCGUUCCUCAACAUUUGCUGUGUAAACUUUCCCAGGACAACAGCGCCACCCCCUGGUCACUUUAUGAGCAAAACCAGCCACUUGACUUGAAUAAUUUUACGUGCUGAUGCCUUUUUAACAAAAUAUUUGGUCUUGGUUUCCUUUUAAGUUUAAAAUUAAGACAUCUUUUAAUGAGGUACAGUUUAGUAGAAAAAUAGCUUUCACUUAACUUAUACUUCUAAACAAUGAACAUACAAACAAGACCAUUUCCUUUUUUGUCAUUUCUUUUUACAUUAUAUUGACACCUUUUUUUGGGAUUGAGAAAUUGAGAUUAGAAAGCUUACUAUCCUUCCAGCAGAAGCCAAUGAACGAUGCUGGCAUUAUUUAGUGCAAAAAGUCACUUUAAAGCCCUGCGUCUGUCUUCAUGUGGAUGUUUUACGUUAUAUCUCACUGCAUGUCUGUUUUGUCUUUAUUUAGAAGCUGAAUGCUAAAUGUCAGACUGGAUUAAACGUUGUCCUUGAUCUAAACGUGUCCUCUGCAGGGCUGGGGAUUAUCUGUAACUAAUCUAAAAUUUAUCCUAAAAGUCAGUUUGUUUUAAUAACCUAUAGCAACCACCUAUAGUGAACCACAGUUGAUACAGAAAUUAUAAACAGGUAACAUCUGAGAUCAUCUCCCUUAUUAACAUGUUCCCGUUUCCUCCAGUGUUCUCUCCUCUGAGAUGGUGCUAUAUUUAUUUUAGUAUGUCUUUAAAUAAACCUGGAACAUCUCCCCAUUUAUGUCUUAACUUUUUGUCAAAAUGAAAGUAGGUUUGAGUUCAAAAGUUCACAUCUGAUCUUUAUCAUUUCAGUUAUUGUCGUCUCUUCUUAUCUUGUCUUCUAGGAUGAACUUGUGAUUAAUUAUCAAUUUGACUACUAAAAGGUUGACUACCAAAGAUUAGAAAUUGCUGUUUUCAAAAACAUGAACUUAAACUGGAAAAACUGUGUUUGAAUAAAUUUAAAUUUCACACCAAACAGAGAAAGUCCUAUGUGGAUUGCAUUCUCAAUGAUAUGAUUAAUUGACAUGAAUGUCGGAAACUGCUGUAAAUGUUUGGAACAAUGAUAUGCUGUAGGGGGGUUCAGCUGCAAUACUGUCCAUAAAAUGAGCUUGUUUAGUUUAGUAGGAAAUAUUCUAGGUUCUGUCAGUAACUUUCCCUUGUAAAUUUAGAGUUUAGACCCAGACAAAACCAGUUCUCUACUCUCACUGGGAAACAGGAGUUGAGCUGUUCCUUUAUCCACCAGCAGAUGUCACUGCACACUGAAGCGCUACAGGCAGCUCUCCUGGUAGUCAGUGGAGGUCUGGAGCUUGAUCCAGGAGAAUAAAAACGACCAGAGAGCAACUGGUUCAGAUUUCAUAUCAACAGUGUUGAGAAAACUGUGGCUUUCUGGGAGACUACUCCUCUGUUCUGCAGCAAACAGGACAAUGGAGGAGACCAAGGAACUGUUUAGUAGCCGGACUUAUUUAGAAAAUAGUGAAAGGAUGAGAGUAACUCAACUACAAACCUCUUUCACUGUAUGGCAGCAUGAAAUACUUUUUGUUAUCUAACCAAUGUUGCAUAAUACACCACUUACAGUGAAUAUUUAUGCCAAAGCCAUUUUUGUUUUGUUUUGUUUCUUAUAACAGCACCAUUUCAUCUCAAGGAAGUAUUUUAAAUGUCUUGUGCAUUGUUUUUUCACAUUUCCCCAAAAUUCUGCCUGACAGAUUUGGUGUCUCAGGAAAUUUCAAGAUCUCUGCUCAAAUUUACAAUAAAUUAUGCCACAAUGUCAAAAAAAA